AUGUCAGAACUCACUUUUACCAAGUCAUUCCUGUCCACGUUGGACUCGCGCCCUAUCAAGCUUCGUGCUGAUCAUGUCUUCGAUCCAGAGCAGAUCGGACUACGAGUUCCUUACACUCUCCCCCGCCUUUCAGCCCCGCACCCCCCGAUGCCCAAGAAGGUGAAAUCAACACAUGCACCAGGCUCAUCCAAAUCAAUCACCGUCCGUGUCAAGUCUGCUCGCAAUCCUGCCCUGGAAUUCUCCAUCUCGAAUACCCCUCUCUCGACCACCUCGAUCCAGGAUAUUCGGGAUGCCGUACGCGUGCGCAUCACCGAUGCGCAGGGAGGCCAAGUUCCGCUAGACAAGAUCAAGGUCCUGUAUAAACGAAAGCCAGUGACUGGAACUGCGAAGACAUUGGCCGAGCUAUUGGCAGAUGAGCCGGCGAUUCUGGCAGGCGGCAAAGAAGUUGAAAUCGGGGUGAUGAUUAUCGGUGGCGCCCAGGUGGUUGAGCCUACUGUCGCUCAAUCAGAGGUGACGGAGAAGCCAGAUCAAUCGUCGCCCAAGGUCGCUGUAGGUCCGAGUGGUGAAGAGGUAUUGCGUACAGAAGCUUUUUGGGACGACCUGCAGGGCUAUCUCCAGCAGAGAUUGAAGGACGAGGCAGAAGCAAAACGAUUGAGGUCUGUAUUCAAGGAGGCGUGGAGCUCAGCUAAGUGA